UUCCGACAAAGUUCAAGAUAGGAAAAUUCCUAAGAGAGCUAGAAGAAUAGUUUACAUUGGGGAUUAUACCACGUGUAUGGAACAAUAUGAGUCAAUACGGGAGUGAAGAAAAGCAGGGGGAAAAGAUUUACAUGUCUGCCACGUUGUAAAAGUAGUGUUGACACGUCUGGGUAUAAUUUUUAUGACACGAGAACAGACUUCAUGCAGCAGAAAGGGAUUCCCAUCCAUAUCCACACCCGCAUCGAUCUGUAUAUAGACAGGGAUCAUACCAAGAGAUCCAAGAGAAAGAGAGACAGAGAUAAGAAAAAACAAAUUGAAAGUUAGAUCGGAAUGGCAACGUCGAAAGUACCAGGGGAACCAACACAAACAGGAACAGCAGUUCUUGAAACGGCAACGAGUGCUAUCCAAGGCUUUGGCCCUGUUAACAAAAUUCACCAGCACCUCUGCGCGUUUCAUUUCUAUGGGUACGACAUGACUAGGCAAGUUGAAGCUCACCAUUUCUGCGCACAUCAAAACGAAGAAAUGCGUCAGUGCUUGAUCUACGACAGCCCAGAACCUCAUGCACGACUCAUCGGUCUCGAGUACAUCGUAUCUGAGAAUCUCUUCUUGACACUCCCAGACAACGAGAAACCACUGUGGCACUCCCACGAGUAUGAAGUGAAGAGUGGUGUAUUGUUCAUGCCUGGUGUGCCUGGUCCUAUCCAGCGUCAAGAUCUUGAUAAGGUUGCCAAGACGUAUGGCAAGACGAUCCAUUUUUGGCAGGUUGACAAAGGUGAUGCAUUUCCUCUUGGGUUGCCUCAAAUCAUGAUGGCCCUCACUAGAGACGGUCAGCUCCAAGACAAUCUUGCUAAAGAUGUGGAGAGACGGUUCAAUGUAUCAUUUGAUGCUGAAAGAGAGAACAGAGCCUACAUGAAGGGACCUGAGCAUGGAAUACAUCAUCUGGCGAAUGGUGGAGGGAAAGGGAUUAAGUCUGUGUUGAGGGAGACUGAUUGCAAGCCUGUGGAAUCUGUGCCCAGGGUUUUCGUCUGAAGUUUCUACUUAAGUUUUUAUCGUGCUGCUG